AUGCUCAACGUUGGACACACCACGGCAGCAUCCCAGGACUCAUCAGAGGUGGCCAUCGCCGCUGUUGCGGGUUGGGACCAGUCUGGACCCAAGGUACCCAAUUACGUGCGUUACGGGAACCUGCUCGUUGAAUGUUCACUGCACCGCAAGCACAUCGACGUCUGCUACCAGUGCGGCCGCGUCGGACACCGAAUGGACGUGUGCCCCAAUCCCCAAAAUGGCAUCUGCCGGGGGUGCGGCAUCGCCAACCCGGACAAAGAGCAUGCGUGCGUGCCCAAGUGCGGCCUGUGCGGCGGCAAGCAUCUCACCGCCGAACGGGCCUGUAAGGCAAAGUUUAAGACGCCGUACGUGGUGCGGCGCCGGCGUUGGGAGCGGCGCCGGGCCAUCGACGACAGCAGCCAAGAAAGAGCUCCUGCAGGCCGACCCCAACGCAGCACCUCUUCGCGGAGCCGUUCGAGAACGCCGGCCCGCAAGGGCAGCCACCAAAGCCGCCAACGAUCGAGAUCCCGUUCCCGGGAUGGCCCGAACAGGGCCGACCAGGCGCCAUCGGUCGGCUCCAAGGACGGCCGCCGCUGGGAGACGAUGGGGAAAGGAGGCAGUCGUAGCUCGAGCGCAAGACGCCGGGGGUCCCGUUCGAGGUCCCGGACCAGAUCAAGAACCCGGGUCGAGUCCAACCAACGAGGGAUGCUCGCCGAGAAAAAGGUGGGCUGGACCAACAGGUCUUCCGUCGCUCUAGGGAACGACAGAGAGUUCCCACCCCUCAACCCUACCCCACCUCCCCCCUCUAACCAAAACGCCGCAACACGCCAAGAGUGCGGCGAAUGUACAGAACUUAAAAGACUAAUCGAAAGGCAAAACACCCAGAUUCAGGAACAGAAUGUGCAGAUCAGAGCACUCAUGAGUAAAAUAGAUGCGCUAGUUAGCGGCAACUCAGCAACUAAAAUAACCAAAACGAGCACGGUGCCCGAGGACGCCAACGAGAAACGCAAGGUGCCGCGGAGGGACCCCCUCUCACCCCGUCAAGAGCGGAGAGGAGAUGCGCAGCCCAUGCAACAAGCAUUGAAUGUUCAAGAAGAGAUGGACGCUGAAACCACCGCUGACUGCAAGACGGCAGCAGCGGCACCGCAGACGUCACAUCAACAACAGCAACCGCCGCAAGAGGGCAAACUGGCAGCGAUACUCGCAGCCAUCAAUCAAAUUAACGAGAAUCUCGGCAAUAUGAAUGCCAGGUUAGAGGCCUUCGAGGGUCAAAUAAAGAUCCUGUCAGUCAAGCACGAACGACUGGCGGCGAAGACAGUGACAUUAACCGUGAAGAACAAGUUCGCAGCGCUAAGGAAUGAACGCGCCAAUAAAGUCAAGGAAUCGAUCGCGUACAGGCGCGGUCGCAUCAAAACGUUAAAGGAAGAUGGCGCAGACGCCGAACAGUAA